AUGGAGGCUCCUUCUACGAAACACCAAGAGUUCACUCUAGCCUCUGUCACUGAUCUCUCCUCCUCCUCUUCCUCUUCGUCCUCUCCUGUUAAAGCUACGUUCUCCUGUGUUGAUGAAGUCACAGAACUUCGGUUUCAAGAAUCUGAAUCUGCCAAUGGAUUCAGUUUUGAUCUUAGCUCUACUCAGUUGUUCAAGUUGGGGCAGCUUCAGUUCGUUUGUGUAACUGAUAGUUCUGGUUCUGUAAAAGAGGGUUCAUUUUCUCGAGGAGUUGUGAUAAAGUUUAGUGAUGAGAAGGGAAGCAAGGAGUUUUGUGAUUCGUUUGAGGAAUGGAGGAAAGAUUCUGUUGGAAAAGGAUCAUCCUUGCCGAAUGGAGAAGUUUCAGAGAGUAAAAGCAAGUUUGACGAUAAGAUAGAACCUGCUUCAGCCAAAAUGUAUUUCCAUUACUAUGGACAACUACUACAUCAGCAGAACAUGCUACAGGAUUAUGUGAGGACGGGUACUUAUCAUGCGGCAGUCAUGGAGAAUCGUUCAGAUUUUGCCGGGCGUGUUGUUGUCGAUGUCGGUGCUGGAAGUGGCAUUUUGUCAAUGUUUGCUGCACUGGCUGGUGCCAAGCAUGUGUAUGCUGUGGAAGCGUCAGAAAUGGCUGAUUAUGCUCGUAAGCUGAUCGCUGGGAAUCCAUUGCUUGCUGAACGGAUCACAGUCAUCAAGGGAAAGAUUGAGGAUAUUGAGUUGCCUGAGAAGGCAGAUGUUUUAAUCUCUGAACCAAUGGGCACUCUAUUGGUGAAUGAGAGGAUGUUGGAGACAUAUGUGAUUGCUAGGGACCGUUUCUUGUCUCCAAACGGAAAAAUGUUUCCGACUGUUGGAAGGAUCCACAUGGCGCCUUUCUCCGAUGAAUUCCUAUUUGUUGAAAUGGCAAAUAAGGCUUUAUUUUGGCAGCAACAGAACUAUUAUGGAGUUGAUUUGACACCUCUAUAUGCAUCAGCACACCAGGGUUAUUUCUCCCAGCCCGUUGUUGAUGCAUUUGAUCCGAGGCUAUUGGUAGCUCCUCCGAUGUUUCAUGUGAUAGAUUUCACUCAAAUGAAGGAAGAACAAUUUUACGAGAUUGAUGUCCCAUUGAAGUUCACAGCUUCUGUGUGUGGCAGAGUGCAUGGGCUUGCCUGCUGGUUCGAUGUUCUCUUUGACGGGAGGUAUCAACUUAUUGUUAUUUUCAUUUGCUGUCAUACAAAUGAAAACAAUAUGACCUGAUCUGCUCGGUAUAUCAACAGCACUGUGCAAAGAUGGUUCACGACUGCUCCUGGUGCACCAACAACCCACUGGUACCAGAUAAGAUGUGUGCUCUCGCAGCCUAUUCAUGUCAUGGCAGGGCAGGAACUCACCGGUAGACUUCACUUGGUUGCCCACAGUGCUCAGAGUUACACUAUAAAUCUAACUCUCUCAGCUAAAAUGUGGGGGCCUGGUGCUAAUCAAGGUGGAAUCCUCCAGACAUCAUCGUGCAAACUCGAUCUCAAGGAACCCUAUUACAGAAUGUCUCAGCCACAGGUAUACCCUGUUGCUCAAGAACCACCAGCACAACCGCAAGACAUACAGAUACAGAGCGAUGACUUGGAAGAGAUAGAGUUACUACAACAAAACGCAAACGCUCAGCUCUAGAAUGCAAGACCCUCUUCAUUGCUUCCAUCCAUGACAUGUCUCUCUGUACUUUGUGUUUGGUUAUCUUGAUUUUAUCUCUGAACCCUUAAGACAUUAAACCUUACGUAUUUAUGUUCGGUCUGAGUCAAUUUAAGAAAUUCAUUAC